AGUAUUGUCUUAAUCGCAUUAACAUGUAUUAUUGGUGUCCAUGUGAACGCACUCGAUUUUUAACAUCUGGGCCAAAUACUACAUUUAACAUCUCCUCCAUAUCCUGUGUGCCACUUUAAAGCACCCUCUGCCAAACCCGAGCCACGUUUGGCCCACAUGCUGUAUACCAGUGACAGAUGAAUGCCAGCUUUAUGCCAAAUCUGGGCCAAAAUUCUUUGCUACCUGGGGAUGUUCAACUUAUCUGACUCUGUGCUGUUUGUUAUGUGCUAUGUGUUUCCCAAACCCGGUGAUCCUGAACCCAAACACUUCUGCACCAGAGCUCUCUGUGUCAGACGAUCUGACCUCUGUGACCUCAGGUGAGGCCAACAAUGUUGCUCUGCACAGGAGCCGAUUGGUGCUGGGCAGCGUGGGAUACGGCGACGCUGUUUAUACUUGGGAUAUUAAUGUGGGAAAUAGUCGCUACUGGAGCCUCGGAGUGUGUCUUAAACCUGCGGGAAGAUCUGUUGUGCAGCCGCUGACUCCAGAAAGAGGCUUCUGGGGUCUCAGACGGGAUGGAGGCUCCUACAAAUUGAUGACGACUGGGACUUCGAGAUUAAACGUGAAGGUAAAUCCAGACAUAGUGAGAGUAAAGCUUGUGUAUGACUACGAGUUUCAUCUGGACCCACUGGAACUGAAAUGCUGGAGGAAAGUGAUCUUUUCUGAUGCCAGGAGUGACUUGUGUAUUGCAGAAUUUAACAGAGUACCGCUGGAGGAGAAAAUCUUUCCCUUUCUGAUCGCAGAAGAUCAGUCUGCCCCACUAUGUGUUGUGCCAAGUGAUGUUAUUGUGACUGUUGAAAAAAUGAAACCGUGCCCUCUGGAGACAUAUGGAGUCUUCUUUUUCAUCUGUGUUGGAUUGGUUUUAUUUGUGGUGUUCCUGUUGGUGUUGUUGGUGUGGGAGCCGAUAUUAAGUCAAGUACAACAACUUCAUCAGAGUAAGAGUAGAUGGUAGAGAUGCUCUUCAUUACCGUGUCAAAUUAUCAUGCAAUACAUGAGCAUGAGCUCAAUAUUUUUUUGGAUAUGCAAUAUAUAUCGGUCAUUAUGUUUAAAUGAAAAUGUCAGAAACAUUUGAUCUGACUGAAUCGCCUCGAUCGUCUCAUCUAAUCUUUGUUGGAGGUGUCACUCCUUUAGAUUCAGUGCUUACUGACAGCUGAAGAAAAGCUGAUUUUUACAACUAUUAUUAUUUUCUUAAAGACCGAUUUAAGAAACUGUCCAAGUGUGUCUAAUUUAAAGCAGCAUGUCGCUUCCAGCAACAUUUAAAGGCCUUUUACAAGGAAAAUGACCACUGUCAAAGUCAUAUACACUCACCGGCCACUUUAUUAGGUACACCUUACUAGUACUGGGUUGGACCCGCUUUUGCCUUCAGAACUGCCUUAAUCCUUCAUGGCAGAGAUUCAACAAGCUACUGGAAAUAUUCCUCAGAGAUUAUAUUGACAUGAUGGCAUCACGCAGUUGCUGCAGAUUUGCAGGCUCUACAUCUAUAAUGCCAAUCUCCCGUUCCACCACAUCCCAAAGGUGCUCUAUUGGAUUGAGUUCUGGUGACUGUGGAGGCCAUUUGAGUACAGUGAACUCAUUGUCUUGUUUAAGAAACCAGUCUGAGAUGAUUGAGCUUUAUGACAUGGUGCGUUAUCCUGCUGGAAGUAGCCAUCAGAAGAUGGAGACACUGUGGUCAUGAAUGGAUGGACAUGGUCAGCAACAAUACUCAGGUAGGCUGUGGUGUUGACAUGAUUCUCAAGUGAUACUAAUGGACCCAAAGUGUGUCAAGAAAAUAUCCCCUAUACCAUUACACCACCAGCAGCCAGAACUGUUGAUACAAGACAGGAUGGAUCUAUGCCUUCAUGUUGUUGAGGCCAAAUUCCGAUCGUAAAUCUGAAUGUGUCAGCAGAAAUGAAGACUCAUCAGACCAGGCAACGUUUCUCCAAUCUUCUAUUGUCCAGUUUUGGUGAUCCUGUGUGAAUUGUAGCCUCAGUUUCCUGUUCUGAGCUGACAGGAGUGGCACCCGGUGUGGUCUUCUGCUGCUGUAGCCCAUCCGCCUCAAGGUUGGACGUGUUGUGUGUUCAGAGAUGCUCUUCUGCAGACCUCGGUUGUAACGAGUGCUUAUUUGAGUUACUGUUGCCUUUUCUAUCACCUGGAACCAGUCUGGCCAUUCUACUCUGACCUCUGGCAUCAACAAGGCAUUUGCGCCCACAGAACUGCCGCUCACUGGAUAUUUUCUCUUUGUCAGACCAUUCUCUGUAAACCCUAGAGAUGGUUGUGCGUGAAAAUCCCAGUAGAUCAGCAGUUUCUGAAAUACUCAGAGCAGCCCGUCUGGCACCAGCAACCAUGCCACGUUCAAAGUCACUUAAAUCCCCUUUCUUCCCCAUUCUGAUGCUCGCUUUGAACAGCAGCAGAUCGUCUUGACCAUGCCUACAUGCCUACAUGCCUAAAUGUAUUGAGUUGCUGCCAUGUGAUUGGCUGAUUAGAAAUUUGUGUUAACCAGCAGUUGGAAAGGUGUACCUAAUAAAGUGGCCAGUGAGUGUAUAAAGCAUUUAUUGUGACAGGCUUUGCUGCAACCUUAUUAACUGUAAGGCAUUUUAGGUGCAGGUUAAAAUGUUAAAAAAUACUGUCAAAUAAAAAAAUAACUGUAAA